AUGUGUGAGCCGCCAAACCUUUGGGUCAAGGCUCGUGAUGCCCUCUCGGAAGACGAAAAAGAGUGGUUUGAUGCCCUGGGGCGUCCAGAGCAACUGAGCCUCACACCAGCCCAGCAAAUUGAUGAAAUCAUCCAUCAGACAAGAAACAAGAAGAAGGAGCUGGGGAAAAGCCGCGGUGGACAGAGGAAGUGUUUUGACAACAUAGUCAAAUGGCUGGACACUUUCAAGAGUGUCGGCGAUGUCAUCUCCUCGUUCGACCCUGUCCAUGCAGCUCUCCCGUGGGCGGCUUUCCGAUUUGUUCUACAGAUUGCAGUAGCCAAACAUAAUUACGAUGACGAUGUUAUUGAGAUUCUCGCAUGGAUCCCGCACUUCCUCUUUACCGGUCAGGUCUUAGAGUCGCUCUAUACACCCAAUUCCAUGCGCCUUGAUGGAGUACCAGACGAAAAUAAGAUUGCUGAGCAGUCUCUUGACAGAUUGCGCAAUGAAGUCAUCAAGCUUUACUCCGGUGUUCUGAGCGCACUUAAGUUUUGCGCCGUCUGGUUCGAAAAGCGUAGAGCUAGUCGCACGAUAGAUGUUGUGGUCAACUCAUCCAAGCCGGGAGACGUUUUGCAAGAUUUGAAGAAGCUUUAUACCCAGGCCGUCCACUACCGAGAUGCGUUACAAGUUUGGAUUUACAAGAGCAUUGCUCAUCCUCUCUUCGUCACUUGA